ACGCCGAGCCGAAAAGUCGUGUUACGCCUCGCGUUCCGUCCUUUGCGCGUGUAGGAUUACGUUUGGUUUGGAGCCACCACGACCCCCUCCAGCCCUCCCCACACUAUUUUUUUUUUGUUUUUAUACGGGUAUACAUUUUUUUUAUUGUUGUUGCGUUGUUAGUGUUAUGUUUUGUUCGUCUCUCUCUCUCUCUGGAUGUGUGUAAUUUACUGAAGACGCGGAGUUUGCUAGUGUUUUAUCAAGUGUGUUCAAACGCCGCAGUAGGCUUAGCAGCGCACCACACAGACACGUGUGAAGGCUCCCCACAAUCAAGCGCGUGGCGCAUAAGCAGUAUUGGUCGCGAGCUACUUGGAUGUACACAGGGGAGCAGAGAUGGAAUGCGCCUCUUGUAUUCGAUACAGGAAUUAAUUAAACUUUGAAGAACCGGUGAAUUAACUUACUUAAUGUAUUUCGUCACGUGGAGCGGUGACACGAUAAGAAGACCUUCGCUCUGUGUCCGUGUGUUCUGGUAUUGGUGCAUGAAAGCGAUUGAUAAAAAGUGCCGAGGGAGCCUAUCGUAAAGAAGAGAAUUAUGUAAUUUUUAUUCUCCCGAUAUGAAGGCAUUCUUCUGAUAAUGGUACAAGUUGGUGGGUCACCACCAAGAUCCAAGAAAGAGAGAGAAACCGGGUUGAAUGAUAAUAGUGUGACACACAUUGCCUUAAAAAGUGCCAGCGUAUUUUUUUUUGUCUGUCCGCGAGAGGAGAAACUUGAAGAGGGCUUGACACACAUUCUGACACCGGCGAAGGAAUUCCGACCCCCAGGACUCAUCGCUUAUAUAUGCAUCAGAAAAGUAUUGGAAAUUGUUUAAAAGUCACUUGGCAUAUCGCACCCAGGCAAGCAGCUUACAACAAACAACGUCACUCAUAAAAGUGUGCUGCAGCCAUGGCGAUUAAGCCGCACCCGCCGCGACGCGAUUCCAAGUGUCUCGGGUCGAAAAGUGUCCGUGUGUGCGUUCAUUAAUCUUUUUUCAGCGGCUGGCGUAGUCAUCGCUGCCUGAAUGAACGGUUCACAGAUUGCUUGCGCGGUCAAUCAAUCGACACUAUCGAGCGAUGGCGCUUACAUAGUUCCCGUAUUUGUUCGGUUUAUCAGAAAAGAAAAUAAAAAUACAAAUUCUUUCGAAACGGAUAGAAAUAUGAUACAUUAAAAAUCCGUAGUAUAAGAGAAUAAGAGAAUAAAUAGUUCAUUCUUUGUUCGCGUUCAAAGAGGUGUGGUGAAGCAUCCCAGAGUUCAGUGCUACUGAUUUCCGCCCACAAGUGAAUAGCAAUCUCUGAAUGUGUGUGUGAGUGUGCACGGGGCUGCAAAUGCCAGAAGAUGCUCGUCGAAAUGUUGUAAAAAUAGCGAAUCUGAAGCGAUAUCUGAAGAGAGAGUCGUUCGAUAGAAUUAUUGGGUGCUGCGCUGAGGCGCAAACUUGCAAAAACCAAAGUGAAGAACCGGGUGCCGGGGUUCAGCAAUAAUGGUGGACGGAGUAGUGGCAGUGGUGCUGGCAGCGCUGUCCAUUUCCGCCGUAGUGUGCUUCAACUUUGAAACGCGACUUCCCAUCGUCAAGUAUGGAGCGACCAACACCUACUUUGGAUAUUCGGUAGCGUCCCAUACCGAAAAACUACGCAACGGUGACAAAAAUAGCUGGAUCCUCGUCGGUGCUCCCUUGGGUCAGAACCUGCAGCCUUCGUCCAAUCGAUCAGGAGCCUUGUUCAAAUGUCCAAUCACGCAAUUGAGCAACGAUUGCGAACAGCUUAAAACAGACGGUCGAAGAAAGCCUUCUGGUAUUUACGAAACUGACGACGAGGAGGAGGAUGAGCUUCUACCACCGACCAGUGAUGAGCUUAAAACCAAUCAAUGGUUAGGCGUCACAGUCAACUCCGGAGGAAAGGAAAAUAAAAUCUUCGUAUGCGCCCACCGAUACAUGAAAGUCCAAUCCAAGGGACAAUCGAAAGAGAGCGGUCUUCACCUGGGCCAAGGCCUGUGCUACGUGCUGAACAACGACUUUACGUUCGGAUUCGCGGUAGAAGUGUGUCUUGGCCGAUCAACUGAGCGUGAGCACGAACAGUACGCCUUUUGCCAGUCCGGAACGUCGGGCAUGAUUCUGGACGAUGGGACGGCCGUGAUCGGAACACCCGGGGUGAUGACCUGGAAGGGAACGGUGUUUGCGGUGGAGGUCGAUGGAGAGUUUUUGUCCAGAGAUAAGACGCAAUACUACGGGCCGCACGAUAAUGCGGACUCGCCGGUUCCGAACUACAGCUAUUUGGGUAUGGCCGUAACGGGAGGAAAGUUCUUUGGCGAUUACAUGUCCUACGCGGGAGGUGCACCGCGAGCCCGAGGCAACGGUCAGGUGAUCAUAUUUUCCAAUAAGAACAAGCGGAAUCCGAUCUUCAAAGAGCGUGAGCUGCGUGGAGAGCAGUUUGGCUCCAGCUUCGGUUACGUGCUGGCAACUGCCGACGUGAAUGGUGAUCAUGCCCCAGAUCUACUUGUAUCGGCGCCAUUUUACUUUUCAAAGUCUGAGGGAGGAGCCGUUUACGUAUACCAGAACAGGAACAACAACUUCACUGAUAAUUACACGACAAAGCUGACUGGUAAGCUCGAGUCGAGGUUCGGCAUGGCACUCGCAAAUCUCGGCGAUAUCAACAAGGACGGAUGUGAGGAUAUAGCGAUCGGUGCCCCGUACGAGGGCAACGGCGUGGUCUACAUCUACCUCGGAACGCCGAAUGGAUUGUCUACGGCUCCGUCGCAGGUCAUAACUGCAUCUGGGUUGGGGUUGAACGUGCCAGCGCUAAAGACUUUUGGAGGUGCCCUUUCCGGGGGUGUUGAUCUAGACAACAAUACUUAUCCCGAUUUGGUCAUUGGAGCGUAUGAUUCGGCCGCUGUAACGACGUUAUUGGCGCGGCCCAUUACCAACAUCAAGACCUCAGUUAUUGGAUUAGAGCUACAGAACAUCGAUCCGACCAAGAAGGGUUGUCCAGCCGAUCCUGGCGCCAAUGCGACAUGCUUUUCCUUCCAAGCCUGCUGUUCCAUCGAACCGUACGAAGAGUCCGGCCACUCGAGCAGUCAAUCUCAGCACCUGAACCUGAUCUACACGAUCGAGGCGGAAACGUACUUGAAAAAGUUUUCACGCGUCUACUUCGGCCCAGACCGGGGAACUCGCUCCAACAUCCUGCGCAAACAGAUCAGCGUGAUCACCGAUGGGCGCCAGGAGUGUCGGAAGGAGAUCGUCUACAUCAAGGACAACACCCGGGAUAUUCAGAAUCCUAUCCGAUUCCGACUUAAUUACACCAUCUUAGAUAAUACACUGCCCGAGUCCGCCCUAGACACACUCGAUCCUAUCUUGGAUCAGACGCAAGCGGUCCGGACGUUCGAAGCGACCUUCCAGAAGGACUGCGGAAACGAUGGCAUCUGUCAAUCGAAGAUCGACAUGAACGCUAAGCUUUCAUUGGAGAAGCAGGCAGACAACUCCUACUCGCUAGUUCUGGGACGUGAUCGCGCCAUCCAACUGAACGUCAGUGUGACCAAUUUAGCCGACUCAGCGUAUGAAACUCACUUAUUUGUGAAACAUGACCCCAGCAUAUCAUACAGUGGAACCAAGAGCCUCUACACGUGCAACCAGUUCAACGCCACCCUCGUGGACUGCAAUCUGGGAAAUCCGAUGCGGCGAAAUGCCGAGGCAAAGCUUUCGUUGCGCUUCGAUCCGCAACGGGUGGACGAUCUGGUGUCGCGGCUGUCGUUCCAGGUGUUUGUCAACACGACCUCGACGCUGCUCGAGGGCACCCGGCAAAGCGCCACGUUGGCGGUGAACGUGAUCAAGCGCGCCAAGAUUAGCAUUUCGGGAGCUGCCCAUCCGGAACAAACUUUCUACGGUGGAGAUGUGAAAGGGGAAAGUGCGAUGGAAACCGUGGAGGACAUCGGCACAGCCGUGCAGCACAUUUAUUUGAUCUACAACGAUGGACCGUGGCGAGCCCCCAAGGUUCAGGUCAACAUUCAGUGGCCGCACCAGGUCGCCAACGACAAACCCCAGGGAAAGUGGUUGCUCUAUUUGACGGAUAUUCCGACGGUUGAUGCCACCAACGGCGGUGACUGCGUUGUCGAACCCCCCAAGUCGAUCAACCCGCUGGGGCUGAAAAAGACCUCCGUCCUCAACGAGCUGGUCCAGAUGGACCGGUACACCCAGCGAGCGCACAACAAGUCGCUCACGUUUGCGGCGGAAAAAUCCGAGCGGAUUUCCUUCGCCAAACAAAGCACCUACUCGUCGUCUUCCGAGUCGACGAGCACGCUGAACCGAGUCCGGCGCGAUCGCUCCAUGAUCAUUCGCGCGGAACGACUCACGGACAAGGACGGCAAGCAGACCGAAAUUGUCCACAUGGACUGCAAACGAAACACUGCCAAGUGUAUAUCUAUUGUCUGUAAUGUGUACGACGUUCAGCCCAAGGCGCAGGUGCUGAUCAACGUCACUGCCAGGUUGUGGAACUCCACGUUGGUGUCGGACUAUCCCAGCGUAGAUCUGGUGAAGAUUGCGUCGAUAGCCCGGAUCAAGGUGUUUGAGGUGGAGCAAGAACAUCCGGUGGACACCGUUGUGGUGGAAACGCUCGCGUAUCCGGAACUGCUGGACCAGGUGGGCGACGGAUGGAUCCCGAUCUGGCUCAUUAUAGUAGCGAUCGUAGGCGGUCUGCUUGCGCUAGCGCUGCUCACCUACAUUCUGUGGAAGUGUGGAUUCUUCAAGCGGCGAAGGCCGGAUCCAACGUUAAGCGGGAACUUGGAGAAGAACAGCGAAAGCAAACCGUUCCUUUAACAAUCUACUAUAGGGACGUGUUCCUAAGGAUGUCCACUUCAAAAGUGAUAUAUAAUUUAAAGUUUCCUGUUCCCUGUUCUUCCCUCC